AAAGUGUGUUGACAAACACGUGGUUGUCGGACGCGAAAUACGGUUUUUGCGCAAUAGUAAACAUAGUGGUGUGCAGCGUUGAGAUAAUGACAAUGUGUCAGUCGUAGUAGUAGGUAAAUUUGGGGGUCACACCAAGUCCGUCGUCGAUUUUAGUAUGGUUGCCAGCAAGAAAAUAAGGGAUGCGUUUGACGUCGACGUUAAACACGGUGCCUUUUUCACUGGUGGCUCUGUUGAGUGGACAUCUGAUGGCAAGCAGCUUUUGUGUCAGAGCAGUGGCUCCAUAAAUGUUCUAAAUGUUGAGGAUUGUCGUGUCGUAUCCAUUAUUGGAGAGUCAGUAGAGGAUGAAGAUGAGGAUCCCAUUACAGCUCUGACACUUAGUUCAGAUAAUGAGGUACUUGUAACAAGUCACCGAAGUGGGUUGUUCAAACAGUGGAAGUGGAAAGAGAAGCUGUUAACAAAGGUUUGGAAGAGUAUCCACAAAGGGCCUGUCUCUUGCCUUGCAUUGGACAAUGCCGGAGGUAUCUUAGCUAGUGGUGGGUCAGAUGCUAGUGUUCGUCUAUGGGAUGUUCCUCACCACACAUGCUCAGAUACUCUCAGAGGUGGACAAGGUGUUGUAAGUGUUUUGAAGUUUCGUCCACUGAGAACUUCACCCCAGGUGUUUGCAGCAUCUGAUUAUGGAGUUAUACAUGGAUGGGGAUUGCAGAGUGGGCUGUUGGAAGUGACAUUAACCGGCCAUUUCAGUAAAGUAACGGAUAUGACAUUUGACCAUAAUAGUAAAUACCUUAUCAGCUGUGGCCGUGAUAAAAUUCUUAUUCUUUGGGACGUGGAUAAGAAAUGUUCUGUUCGUACAGUACCUGUCUAUGAAUCCCUUGAAAGUUUGGUUCUCUUACCUCAGAAAUUUUCACUACCUAAUCUGGUGAUUGAGAAAGGUAUUCAUAUUGCAACAGCAGGUGAAAAAGGAAAAGUACGUGUUUGGGAUGUGGAGCGGGGCUGUGAAGUUUACUGUCAAGAAAACCCUAUAGUAUCUGCUGCAUCUGAAGAUGGUGGCCUCUCCAUCAUUAAAUUAAUGUUUUGCCAUACUACAAGCACUCUGGCUGUCAUAUCAUAUGAUCAUAAUAUUAUUUUGCAUAGUUUGAAUACCUUCAUGUGUGAGAAACAGUUGGCAGGGUUUAGUGACGAAAUACUGGAUGUAGUCUUUGUAGGGGAAGGAAAUUCCCACUUGGCUGUAGCCACUAAUAGUAUAGAUAUAAAACUGUACAGGCGAUUGAACAUGGAUUGCCAACUUUUGAGAGGUCAUUCUGAUCUUGUACUUGGCCUUGCAUCCUGCCACGCCAAUGCUAGACUUUUGUUAUCAUGUGCGAAGGACAAUUCUGUGAGACUGUGGAUUAUGGAUGCAGAGCAACAGAACAUGACAUGCGUUGGUUCAGCAGUGAGACAUACAGCAUCGGUUGGUUCUGUUGUAUUCUCUCGCCUGUCAGACUCCUUUUUUCUGUCAGUCAGUCAAGAUUCAUGUCUCAAACUGUGGAAAAUACCCGAAAAACUGGAAUUUGGGACCUCUCAUUCUUUGAAUGUUACGCACACCGAGAAGGCACACCAAAAAGACAUUAAUUGUGUCUGCAUUUCACCAAACGAUAAGCUGGUUGCCACAGGCUCGCAAGACAAAAGUGUGAAGUUAUGGUCAGCUGCUGAUUUAUCCCUCUUAGGAGUCAUGAAUGGACACAGGAAAGGAGUGUGGUGUGUGCAGUUCUCGCCUGUUGAUAAAGUUAUUGUGUCGUCAUCUGCAGACUGCUCUAUCAAAUUAUGGGCUAUCUCGGAUUUGUCUUGCAUCAAGACAUUGGAAGGUCAUGAAUCAUCUGUGUUACGUGUUGAGUUUUUGAAUAAUGGUAUGCAGCUUGUUUCAUCUGGAGCUGAUGGACUUCUUAAGAUAUGGAGUGUGAAAACCAGUGACUGUGUUGCAACUAUGGAUCAGCAUGCUGGGAGGGUUUGGGCACUGGCAGUGUCCAGUGAUGAAAGCCACCUUGUGACAGGUGGUUCUGAUUCAACAUUGGUGGUUUGGCGUGAUGUAAGUGAUGAAAAGCGAGCUGCUGCUGAAGAGGCAAUCCAGAAGUUGGUUUUGCAGGAGCAGCAGUUAAACAAUUUGUUACAGGCAGACCAUCUCCUUGAAGCAUUGCAGCUUGCUCUGUCACUGAAUCGUCCAAGACAGGUGCUAUCAAUUGUACAAGAUGUUUUGAAGAAAGGUCAGUCUGGGCUUGAGGAAACACUGAGGCUAUUAAAUCAAGACCAAAAGCAGAACUUGCUCAAUUGUGUAUCUGCAUGGAAUUGCAAUAGCAAGAAUUGCCAUGUCUCUCAGUUAGUUAUCUCCGUGCUGCUGGAAGAUGUUAUUGGUGGUAGCCUGACACUUCCUCAUCUAGCUGAAUCUGUGGAAGGACUGCUUCCAUACACAGAGCGACAUUUCAGGCGUCUCACACAGCUCGUACAGGACCUCCAUCUUCUUCAUUAUACCACUGCAGUUAUGGAACCUCAUUCACAGUGAUUAUUUUCUAGCAUUGUACUAUUUCAGGAGACAACCAGAAUAUUUUCAGUCUCAAGAAAAGUUCUUUGGAAGUUGUACACAUUAUUUUAUAUAAAUUUAGAACAUGAAAAAUACAUAAUGAAAUAAAAUAUAAUCCAUCCUUGACUAAUUCAUGUGCCUAUGUGAGACAUGGAACCAUAUUUUAACAUAAAUAUAUUUUCAUUCAA